UUGGCAGGCGGGCAGCCAAUCAGCGGCGGGAGCUCUUCCGGCUCCACGUCGGCAGCGGCGGAGGCAAAAUGGAGGCGCUGAUGCUGGAGCCGUCCCUGUACACGGUCAAGGCCAUCAUCAUCCUCGACAACGACGGCGAGCGGCUCUUCGCCAAGUACUACGAUGACACGUACCCCAGCGUGAAGGAGCAGCGCAGCUUCGAGAAGAACAUCUUCAGCAAGACACACCGCAGUGACAGUGAGAUCGCGCUGCUGGAGGGUCUGACCGUGGUGUACAAGAGCAGCAUCGACCUGUACUGCUACGUCAUCGGCAGUGCCCACCAGAACGAGCUGAUGCUCACGGCCGUGCUCAACUGCCUGUUCGACUCCCUGAGCCAAAUGCUGCGGAAGAACGUGGAGCGCCGGGCGCUGCUGGACAACAUGGAGGGGCUGUUCCUGGCCGUGGACGAGAUCGUGGACGGAGGGUGGGCUUGGGACCCCCCCCCGGGGUCUGUCACCUCUCCCUGGGGGGUGAUUCUGGAGAGUGACCCCCAGCAGGUCGUGCACCGCGUGGCCGUGCGGGGCGAGGACGUGCCCCUGACGGAGCAGACGGUGUCACAGGUGCUGCAGUCGGCGAAGGAACAGAUCAAGUGGUCGUUGCUGCGUUAGGGGGACCCCCAGGACCCCCCUGGGGACCCCCAGGACCCCCCAGGACCCCCCCAGGACACCCCCAGACC